AUGAUUGAUCCCUGCGGCGGUGACACUAAUGUAAACACAUGCAGCAGGUACGUCAAGUACCGUGCGAGGGUGUCGGCCCUGGCUCUCGACCCGGCCGUCCAGGGCAUCGUGUACUGCGGCAUCUUCAUGCUCAUGCCCCUGAGCCUCGCCCUCAUCCCGCUCCUGCUCAAGGAGUCGGUCUACCUCCUGUGGGUCAUGAAGGAGGCCCUGCAGAUCACUGCCCCUGGCUUGGUGGAGACGUUGACGACGCUGUCGGAGCCUCUGAUGAGCGUCUUCAUGACGGCGGGGGACAGCGAGAAGUGGAGGGACACCCCGGCGGGAGAAAAGCGGCUUUUGCUCGGAAGGCGAUUGGCUCAGGCCUGUUUCAAGCUGGAGAUGGUGAUGCCGUUCGGCGUGGCCCUCCGCGUCCUGCCGGCCGUCCUCCAAGCCUCUCUCGGGGCCGGGGGAAGCGUCGCAGACGGUGAAGGAGCGGAGGGGGCCGCUGCUGGAGCUGGCGGGCAGCUUGGCCGAGUGCUACCGCUGGUGAAGGUGCUCGUGCUGGUCAUGGCCUACGUGAAACUUCUGGUGGUUAAAAACGGCCAGCUGGAGGAUGACGUGCGGAUACUCAGCGGGCUCAAGGUGUGA